GAAGGUGAAGGCGCACUGCGCGGAGCCCUUCACGCAGUACUGGACGUGCAUUGACUACACCAACCUGCAGGAGUUCCGCCGGUGCCGCAAGCAGCAGGCUCGAUUCGAUGACUGUGUGCUGGAGAAGCUGGGCUGGGUGAGGCCUGACCUGGGCGAGCUCUCUAAGGUUACGAAAGUGAAGACAGACCGUCCUAUUCCUGAGAAUCCCUAUCACUCUAGACCUAGGCCAGAGCCAAAUCCACCCAUUGAAGGAGAGCUGAAGCCUUCUGAGUUUGGCAGCAGGAUGUUUUUCUGGACCUGGUGA